AUGAGGCUGAUUCCACGGGAAGAUGGUAUUGCGGAGUGGGCAAUGAUCGAAUUACAAGGAACGUUGAAUUCAGUUGGUACACUUGUGGGACAGCAAAUUGGUAGUCUAACAUGGGAGAACAAAAAAGCCUUACUUCGUAUUGGACAUCAUAUUAUGGAAGGAAAAGAGGUGAAACUUCAGAAUCCAUUGAUUGUACUUACACGAGAUGUAGAAAAUCAAGGAAUUAUACAAAUUGCCGCCGUGAUUCGUAAAAAAGUUCAAUUCCGUUCUCGACCAAUGCCUAUAUCAUUGAUUUCUCACGAUUCUUAG